UUGGUGUUUGAUGUUGGCAACAGCAUACAUAUGUGCUAAACCAUAGGUGGUACAAUACAUCGGGGGUCAGUGUACGUCACGCAAUUAUAAUACCUCGGUUCUCUCAAGGGGGAUCCGAAGUAAAUCUACCAAGGAAAGAAUAUUUUCGUCACAAGUGAUACCUAAGAAAAUUCAACAAAGACAAUAAACGUGUUUGUGAAUUAAUUAAAGCUCGCAAGAGCAAGUGGACUGAUUAUUAGAAAAAAGGCAACCCAAGCCGGGAGGGUUAAAGUGAGAGAAUAAAGUCAAAGGAGAAGAAGAGGAAAAAGGAGACAAAGCGUGCGUGUGUGUGCUCAAAAGAGAUUACAGAAGAGGGGAUCUUGGUGUUACUCCUUGUCCGAUGGUAGUUUGACAGACUAUUAGUUUAUUUUGGAAUAGAUUUUGGGGAAACGACAAAACCUGGCGGUUCAUCGUCAUCAAGAGGACGAGGAGGCUGGACCAGGCGACAGGUUAUGUCAACUGGAUUGGCAGGUGCAGUGCCAGAUCAGCGGAUGAAAGGACAAGCCAGUAAUCAGGCAAACAAUGGUCCCAAGGAACACCAGGCACAACAAAGCGAUCAUGCAGGGGACGAUUCAAACUUUGAUUCAUGGCGCGGAGGAAAUAACACUCAACAUCACUCCAACUAUCCAAUUGGUACAGGCGAACCUUAUCCUUAUUACGCUAGCACCUCUUUUCAAUAUCAAACAUUUGGAGCAGGCGAUGGAACUUGGUCAAACGGCACAGAUCCAGUAGCAUUUCUAUCAGGAUAUAGUGGACAAAUAAGUCAUGAUGCUUAUGGAAUGGAUCAAAUGUUUUCCACGGGAGCAGGUGGAGGUUUUGGAGGCUUCGGUCAACCAGCAUUUAAUUAUUUCCCCGCAGGAAAUGGAGAUUUUAAUGCUUGGGGAACUCCUAGAAAAGCUAGAUAUGAGGAUUAUUAUCCUCAGCCCCGAGGAAACGAUUAUCAAGCUCCUGGAGGAGCAGGAGAGAUGAAAGCGAUUGAACAGGGUGUUCAAGGAUUAUCAGUUGGUGGAGAUAUGCCUCGACAUGAUCAGAUAAUGUCUUCCCAGAGCAAGCCUGAGCCCAAAGAACAACGUAAAAUAACUUGGGCUAGUGUAGCAAGUCAACCAGCCAAGCCGGUACCGCCUGCAUCAACUUCUCAGGUGAUGAAAAAGAAAGCUGGUAUGCCUCCACCUCCUAUCGUACCUGGAAAGCACAAUAUGGAUAUAGGAACCUGGGAAGGAAAAACUCCAGCACCCCCUAAAGCUCCUCUUCCUCCUCAGAUUCAGCCACCAGUUCCGGUGCCACCACCAGCCAUUCAAAGACAGAGACCCACACCUCCUCCUAGCUGGAAGCCUCCUUCUCCGCCUGUACAGGCACAUCCUCCAGUGCCUCCACAAGCUCAUCAUCAACAUCAACCUCAUCAACAACAACAACAACAACAACAACAACAGCAGCAGCAACAACAACAACACCAUUCAUCACAACCACAGCAUCCACCACAGCAACAGCAUCAGCAGCAGCAACAACAAAACCAGCAUCAUCAACAACAGCAUCCACCACAGCAGCAUCAACAACAAUCCCAACAACAACAUAACCAUCAUAAUCAACAUGCCCAACAUCAUCAACAACAACAGCCUUCUCAAUAUCAACAACAACAACAACAAUUAGCACCACUUCAAUCUUCUCAUCCAGUUCUUGAUGAAUUAAGGGUUAAAAAUGAUUACAAUCCUACUGAAUUUGAUCAGACAGCACCUGGUGCGCGAUUUUUCGUUAUUAAAUCAUACUCUGAGGAUGACAUUCAUCGAUCUAUAAAAUAUGAAAUUUGGUGCAGCACAGAGCAUGGAAAUAAGAGACUUGAUCAAGCAUUUAAAGAAGCUAAUAAAGAAGGUGCACCGUUGUAUUUGUUUUUUUCGGUCAAUGGAUCUGGCCACUUUUGCGGUAUGGCGCAGAUGGUGUCUUCCGUUGAUUAUCAAUCGAACAGUUCCGUGUGGUCGCAAGAUAAGUGGAAAGGACAGUUCCGCGUUCGCUGGAUCUAUGUUAAAGAUGUUCCUAAUACUCAGUUGCGUCAUAUCAAGCUAGAAAAUAAUGAAAAUAAAUCAGUGACAAAUUCAAGGGAUGCCCAAGAAGUGCCGCAUGCUAAGGGUGUCCACGUUUUACGUAUUUUACACACGUAUCGUCAUACUACUAGUAUUUUUGAUGACUUUGGACAUUAUGAAAGGAGACAAGCUGAAGAAGAUCAACGAAAAGGACUUGCUGGUGCUAUUCAACAUCAACAUUCACCAUCAACAUCGGGCCCACGAGGAGGAAGAGGUCAUCUAAAUGAUAUGCCGAGGGAUCAUCAUCAUCAACCACAUCAUCAUCAUCAGCGUAAGGAUCGUGAUGGACGGGGAAGAGGUCGAGGAUCACGUCAGUAGCAAAAAAUAUUACGAUUCAAGGAUGCUCUCAAGAAUAAUUAGAAAGAAGAUGACAGCAAUGGAAAAGGCAAUUAAUGGAAAUAAAGUAACAAUGAUGGACCGUUUACUUAUCUCAACUGUAUCACUGGAUAAUUUUGGACUUGCUACACUCCUUCAUGAAGACAAAACGCGUUAGAAAAAACAUCAAAGCUCUGAGAUAUAAUUUCAAUCAAUAAAUGAUAUAAAUAACAUCUUAGUGCGGAAGUUAGAUUUUCGAACGAGAUUAAGAAAUAAAUUAUUUCUUAAUCGUAAAAUGUGACUUUGCAAAAAUAAAAAUGAGUUAAUAAAAAUAAAAAUAAUUAAAUAAAAUAAUAAAAUAAAUAGAAAAAAAAUACGAGACUCUGAUAGGUCUCCAGUUAAGUGGACAGAGUGAAAUUCAGUGCCUACGGCCUCUCUUGGGACGAAUCGCGCGACUGGAAAUGAAUUUUUAUGAUUUAAUCAUGUAAUUAAUUAAUUAAUCAAGUGUAGGCCGAUCUUAAUAUGAUCGUGCUAACUUUAAACAAAAAAGAAGAAAAAAACAAACAAAAUAAUCUGUCAAUGGAUUUCUAUUUUCUGUUUUUAAGCUCACAUUAUAUAUAUAUAGAAAUAUAUAAAUAUAUAAAUAUCGUGCGGGACAUUUUUUGUACGCAUGAUAAUCAUGUUUUAAACGUACAGAAUUUCGUCAAAUAAUUAUGCGAAAAUGCGUGAAAAAUAAAGAACUCAAAAAAUAAUUACAA